AGAGCAUCCAAGUAGGAACUUGCGUCUCCGCAGCAAUGUCUAGGAGCCCUCGAGUGGAGCAAUCUCGAAAGACUCGUCAUCAUCGACACGGACCUUUAAGCUAUGAAAUCUUUCGCAGGAUGGACUCUUUGCAGCUACAUGCCCCCUUUGACCAGAAAGAAAGAGAGCUUGCGGACAAGAGAGCCAAAUGCCACGACACGGGCCGGAAGGAGGAAAAGUUGGCCACACGAGUGCGACAGUUCUUGAAUGUCCUAGUGGGUGUCAGCGUGGGCCUUGCAGCUGUCGUGGUUCGUCUCGGCUCUGACAAGCUGGGCAAUUGGCGCCGGGAGACCUUCAAGAACCUUUUGGCUGGCAAAGAGCACUGGGACUUGGAGUUUGGCGGAGUUGUCUUGCUUGCAAUGGGGAUGACAGCAGGGUUCGCAGUGCUGAGUACCGUGGCAGUGGUCCUGGUGCCCACCAGCAGUGGCUCCGGCAUCCCAGGUGUUUUGGCCUUCCUCAACGGAUGUGACCUACACGUCGCCCUUAGAGGCCAGGUCUUAGUAGCCAAGGUCUUUGGCACGAUUCUGUCUGUCGGAGGAGGCUUGGCUCUAGGCCCUGAAGGGCCCAUGGUCCACAUCGGUGCCAUUGUGGGGAUGUUGGUUUGCCGCCGCUGCUUGGCACCGGCACUGAAGCGGCUUGGGCCCUUUUCGCAAAAUUUGGAAGCAGAGCUCUCGCGACAGCCUUUGCGGUAUCACAUUCAGGCGGCGGUGAUGGGUGCAGGUGCUGGCAUCGCAGCAGCAUUCAAUGCGCCCUUGGCGGGCACGGUCUUUGUGGUGGAAGAGGCCGCAUCGUUUUUCUCCAAGAAACUUCUCUUACAUUCCUUCAUCAGCUGCACCUUCGCAGUUCUUACAUGCAAUGUCGUCUCUGACCUCGUCGGCCUAGAACGUGAGACCAUCUACACGCGCACUGCAGCUUGCGUUGGGGUGAUACAGUCUUGGAUGGAUAGCCCUUGGAUGUCCUUCCAUGUUGCAGUGGUUGGCGUGUUGUGCGGCUUGCUCGCUAUUUUCUUCAACAGAGUCGUUGUGGCACUCGGCAGUUACUUUGCUCAGGAGGCACAACAGCUAGGGAGGGGGCCGUCCUUGUUCCUCCGCCGGUUUGGCUUCUCCAUCCUUGUUGGCAGCUGUUGUGGUGCCUUCGCAGUUUGCCUCCCUCAAGCCCAGCCAUGCUUAGAUUCAAGCCUUCAGAAUGCUUUUCACGGAAGCAGUGGCUGCAUCAUGGAGGAAUGGUUGGAGCAGCUGGUAUCUGGUGCUCGCUAUGUGCCUACUAGCCUUCUACCAGAGGAGUUUCAAGAUGACAGUCCGAAGCACAAGGCUGGUUUCACCAUGAGCUACCAGCCACGGUACGGGCUUUUUGCAGCUCAGUAUGAUCCGCUGCAAUGCCCUGUUGCAAUAUCGCUGCAAAAAGACUGCCGAGUGAAGGGCAUCGAGAACUACAUAACCAAAGAGAUCAAUGUUUCCGCCACCGACUUUUGCUGCCGGUUUGACGACAUCACAUCUCUCAAGCAAGGAAAGUUCCACAACUUGUCAGAGCCAAAGACUCCGAUGGAGAUGGGAGAAAAUUGGCCCACGGGUCCUUGCCCAGCACUCACCUGGGAUGACAAGGAGAAAAGCCACAUGGGUCACUAUAGUCCAGCGGCUGCUUUGACCUUGGUGCCCCCCACUGCGGUGGUUCAAAACCUCCUGGUGCGCGGUGCCCCAGGGGUUUUGCCCUACACGACGGUUGGUGCCUUCGCUUUGGGAUAUUUCAUCUUGGCUGCCUGCAGCUCGACUGCCUGGAUGCCUGGAGGUUUGCUGGUGCCCAUGAUGUGCAUCGGCGCGGCGGUGGGUCGCUUAUAUGGACUCUUUUGGCAUGCAGUCUUGGGAGGAGCACCUCCAAGUUGUGGCAUCCCAUGGAUUCCGGAGUUGAAGCCUUUGUUGCAGGCGCUGUAUCCAAGAACUGAGCCCUUACCGAUGGAACCUGGGAUCCUAGCCUUUGCGGGCUGUGCGGCCUUCCUCAGUGGUAGUGGCUCACUGGUGAUGUUUGUGCUGGUGCUUCUUCUGGAGGUUACUCUCGAUCCCUUUCUGAUCCCCGUGAUCUUGAUCUCCGUUCUCUCGGCCAGAACGGUUACUUCUCUGAUGAAAGCUCACGGCCUGUACCACGAGCUCAUGAAUGUUCAAUCCUUGCCGUUUUUGUCAGAAACUCCACACUGGCGCCAGUCGCACUACGUAGUCCAAGACCUGCUGCACCAGGAUGCCAGAACGCAGCGAAUGAACCAACCUUUCUCCCCUGACUUGGAGGGUCAAUUUGACCGCGAGUUUCCAGAAGUGAUUUCUUUGUCUCGAAGAGCCACAGAGGCGGAGAUUGUUGAAGCCCUUGAGAAGCGUUUGCCAGGAGAUGAACGCACCCUAGUUCAUGGCUUUCCCGUGGUUGAGCCUCCCUCUCCCAAUGAUCCUGGAGGGCAGCUUUGUGGCCUUGUCACCCGGGAAGCCUUGCUGGGUUUGUUGGUUACAACCAAUAGCCAUGGGAGUGGCCGAGUGGAUGUGGUGCCGAACAGUCCAGCUGUGUCUCGUGCUGCUCGAAGUGAGCGCUCUUUGAGUCGAGAGCCUUUCAGUCAGCAUUUCGCAGUACCAGCAGGCCUUGAGGAUGUCAUGGAUUCAGCUCCAUUUGUCGUUCAAGGCUCGACACCUGUGGUUCAAGCUCACAUGCUUUUUGCCCGAUGUGGGUUGCGACAUGUGGUGGUGGUGGACAGCGGACACAGGCCUAUCGGUGUGUUGACACGGAAAAGCUUGAUGCCCUGGCGGACCCCAUGGUUGGAUGAAGACAAUCUUCACAAUGACACAUUCCUGGAACAGAGGGCAGCACAUUCGCCAACCGCGUCGCGCGGGAAUUCUGCACCCAGUACGCCCACCAUCUCCAGGCUGGGAUCCCAUGCCAUCCCAGAGAGAGGACCACACUCCGUUCGAAAGCGCUCCACCGACGUCUUGGAAGGGAAUCUGAGUCCAUUGGCCGAAUCAAUGCGGCUGACCACCAUGACAGCCGAUGAGGCCACAGGCUCUGGAGAAGCAGAGGCCGGAGAGGCUGGAGAGGGUGGACAGAUGGUCUUGGAAGGUGCUGAUGAACCUACGGGUCCGGGUGAAGCUGGUCAGUCCGCAUCACAGUGAUUCGUGCGUUCAUACCUUGUUUGCUGAAUUGUUGGUUCAGCAAGUUUCACCGUCAAGUUGACAGAGGGUCAAGUUGGCAACGUUUGGAGAAA